CAUUUAGGUUGAGAUAACAUGAGAGGAAAACAUUGAACACAGAAAACAAGUAAAAACUUGCAAAUUUAAAUAUUGUGCAAAGUUGACAUCGAUACAAGUUGAAUUGUAAUUAUGAGUUCAAGUUCAAUUUAACAAAAGAGUUAACCACAAAAUCAACUAAACAAUUAAACGAUAAACAAAUCAACAAGAAUCAGUUAAACAUCAACAUUUAUUUUCUGAUGGAAAGUCAUUUGGUUAACUUUAAACUGGUUCAAUUGAGCGACAGUUAAUUGAGAUUGAACAAUAUUUUUGAAACAUUUCAUUGCAAAUCAUGAAUAUUUGGUAAAAUUUCAAUAGUUACAGUUUCAUCUUCUUCAUCCUUGAUUGACUUUUGCAUCUGUUGAUUUGUUAAUGUCUAUGCCUGACUCUGAAAGGAAAACUCGACGAUUUUCGAGUUUACGAUUUGCCAACGGAAAGGUAACCAAUCGUCCAGUUUCUCUUAAUGAAAAUAAUCUCAAUGAGAAGACAUUCAUUGUCAUUGAUGGACCAUCGAUAACAUUAAGUGACCAACCAACGGAACAAUUGGAUGGGCAAGUGUUUCUGUCCUCAACAUCUGCAGACAAAAAGAACCAGAAAGAAAUGAAUUACAUGAAAGAAUCAAGUUCCCACCCUGGAUCACCGCCUGUGAUCACAGUCAGGGAAAGUUCAUCAACAACUGUUAACGAAAAGGAUGACAUAAGCCUUUACGGGACUCCUAAGGAGGAAAUGGCUCCUGGAUUUGGUGAAGCGAAAGCUUCCUUCAUGAGACAUCAGAUUGAAGCUCUGUUUCAACCUUCGGACAAUAAAUUAGCAAUGAAAUUGUUUGGAUCCAAAAAAUUGAUGAAAGAGCGACUUCGCCAAAAAGAGUCUGGCCAUUGGAUUAUUCAUCCUUGCAGUAAUUUCAGUUUAACCUGUUUCAUGAGGAAGGGUGAACGUGGUUGUACAACAAUAUUAAUAAGCCUUAUAAUUAUUAUAAUCAUUCUUGUAUCACUAUUAUCAUAUUUGCUUAUUGUAUCCCACAAGCAAUCUAAUUAUGUAACUCAAAUGAAAAACCUUUGCCUAACUCCGGGUUGUGUUAAAGCAGCAUCCUCCAUUUUAUCACGGUUAGACGUUACAGUUGAUCCUUGCCAUGAUUUUUAUUCAUUUGCCUGUGGUUCCUUUGUUAAAAUGAGAACAGUUCCUGAUCAUUUGUCAACUUACGACAUGUUGCAACAAAUGGAGGAAGUGUCAACCAUUGAGAUGAGAAAAUUUUUUGAAUCAAAUAUCAGCUCAUCAGACGGUAUUGCCAUUGGGAAGGCGAAGAUUUUUUAUGCUUCUUGUAUCGAUGAUAAAUCCUCCAACAAUGAUACUGAAAUUGUUUCAGCCCUCAUUGAAACUAUUGUACAUUCAACUGGACCCUGGCCAUUGUUGGAUAGUUUAAUUUACAACCGUAGUCCAAGUGAAAUUAAACCUCCGCCAUUAGAAGAACGCAUUUUGGACACUUUUAUAUAUCAAGUUCAAUCUCUAUUUCGAAUAACCAUUUUGCCUGAGAUUUUACCUAAUGCCACUAGAAAUGAUCUUUGCCUAUCUAUUGGACGAACUGUGAUUGAAGAUGAAUAUCUUGUUAAUCCCAACAAGACAGCAAAAUACGAUGAAUACAAGGCUCUCUACAAAGAGUAUCAUAUCAAAAUGAUGGAAAAAUUGGCUUCCCUAUUAGUUGGAGAUGAGAUUAAACUAUCAGCUGAACACAUCAGUGAAAUCGAUGCUGUAAUUGAUUUUGAAAUGGAGUUUGGAAAGUUAACAGCGCAGGAUUUUGCUGAAUCAAAUAACAAUGAUACCUCCAAUAUUAAUAAUAAUGUUAAUAGUCCUGUUAAUAAUAAUGUAAAUAAUUCUGAGUCUCGUCCACCACGACCAUUGAUAUCAAUUAACGACUUUGCAAAUAAUUUUACUUCAAUUCAAUGGCAACUUAUAUUUGGUAAACUUUCCUCAAUCUCAGGUGUAAAUAUUUCAGAUCUGUGUAUGGAGAAAGAAGAAUACUUGGUUAAAAUGAAUGAACUGAUUCCCAAAUAUUCUCUUCGAACGAUUGACAAUUACAUCUGUUGGUCUAUAUUAGCCCAAUUCAUUGACUACCUUGGUCCCUCAUUUCGCCGACUUCAGGUUGAAUUUCGACGUCGAGUGCCCGAGAUUCGUGUAACAGAGCAAAAUCGUAUCUUCUUUUCCCGGUGGAAGGAAUGUGUUUACAUCACAACUCGAAUCUUGCCUAUUCCUUCAUCUCACCUUUACCUGGCUCAUAAACCUGACCAUGUAACUUCUGCAGCAAUAAGAGUUAACCUGAUGUUAAAAGAAAUCAAAGACGCAAUGUAUCAUAUAAUUGAUUCACAAGAAUGGUUGGAUGAAUCUAAUUCCGAACCAAACAGUAACAAUGUCAGGACCAUUUUAAAAAAAAGAAUUGCCGAUUCAUCUUUAUUAGUUGGUUUACCCGAUUACCUGUUGGAUCGGCAAACGCUGGAUGAACAAUAUAAAGAUUUACACCUCUCUAUGGAUCAAGUUUUCAUCAACAAUUGGCUUAAUUUAACGCGACAUGAGAAAAUAUUGGAACUGUCUCGUAUUGGAUUAACAGCGGAGAAAAAUCCAUUCUACAAUUCACCAACUGAGGCCAAUGCUUUCUAUGAUUGGAACAUCAAAAUGAUUACCUUUCCUCUUGGUAUUUUGCAUGAACCAAUAAUUAGCGAAGGUCGACCAAAAUUCUUGGACUACUCAACAUUAGGACAUAUUCUUGGUCAUGAAAUUGGUCAUUCACUGGAUAGAGAGCCAGACACCGACAAUACAACAGGAAUUAAUUGGUGGCCAUACGAGUUGAAAACUGAAUAUGAAAGAAGAGCUCGAUGUUUUGCUGAUCAAUAUUCAACUUACAAGAUUGACUUGAUCAAUGAAUUUGUUAAUGGUAACAAUACUUUGACUGAAAAUAUUUGCGACUUUGUCGGACUUCAACAAGCAUACCUGGCCUGGUCUAGGAGCACAAUUGAUCAGAAAACCCAAUUACCUGGUUUAACUAAUUAUUCAAGUGAUCAAUUAUUUUUCCUUCAAUAUGGUCAAGUCUUCUGCGAAGUGGCGACACCUGAUGGUUAUUUGAAGAACCUAUUGACUGAUCCUCAUUCUCCAGGAAAAUUCAGAGCUAAUGGAGUGUUGGUUAAUACACCGCAAUUUGCCAAAGCAUUUAAUUGUCCACUUGGAACACCAAUGAAUCCAGUUGGUAAAUGUAAAUUAUGGUCACUCGAGUAGUUUACUGUUAAUCAUUUGGCUGGGCCAAAUUAAUUGUAAUCAUAGUCAACAAGUAGCUUGAUACUCAUCUAUCAUUAGUUGAAGGACGAAACAUUUUAUCCGUAAUUUUUCCUCUCUUCACUCGUUCAUUACCAUCUUUUAAUUGUUAUUACAUAUAAUUGUUAUUGCUAUUGAUAUUGUUUUUACUGUAAUCUAAGUUAUUCCUCGUUGGGAAAAUUGAUUUUACCCUUUUGGGUCUACAAUGGUUUGGAAUGCAAUACAUUUUUGAUUCUUU